AUGACUUACAAUUAUCAGCAACAACAAAAUCAAGAAGUUAAUAGCCAACCAAUUAUACAACCGGUUCAACAUCCCGGCUUUCAACUACAAAAUCUCAACCAGCACAUUUAUCAACAAAAUUCUGCACAUCAACAAAUUCAAAACUGUGGACAAUAUAAUCAAAACAAUAGUGACAUCAUGAUGACGACAAAUGAUCAUCUUCCUUCUUCAAAUUGUGGGAAUGUUAAUAAUGAAGAUGAUCUUUUAAUUUUGAGAAUUCCUCAUCAAAAGAAAAUGAAUUCAAAAAGAGCACUUUCCAAUAAUUUAUCAACUGUGCAAAAAGUACAAAAGAAAACGCAUCAAAGAACAAGACCAAAUUACUUUUUAUCUAUUAGACUUAACACACAAAAUAUACAAGAUAAUUUCAUGGAAUUUUCAAAUCAUGUGAAGAAUAAUUUUCCUGGGUACACUAAGCUUCUUAUUGAUCCAGUUCAGAUACAUAUUACUUUGUUUGUUUUUCAUAUUGAAAAUGAAGAAAGAUUGAAAAGCGCCAAAGAAUGCUUAUCUAAUAGUCAAAAUAUUUUAAAAGAAAUUAGUCCAAAUGGAGGACCUACAAUAAGUUUCAAAGGAAUUGAAAUCUUUAAUAAAGGACGUGUGGUUUAUGCAUCACCAAAAAAGGAUGAUCAAUUAUCAUUAAUCACUCAAAUAGCAGAUGCACUUCACAAAAACUUCAAACAAAACAAAUUAGUUGGUGAUGAUGAUGAUUUUGAUAAAGACAAUUACCAACCACAUGCGACUUUAAUGAAGCUCAGAAAUGCUUUUUUUACAUUGGAGUCAAAUGAUGGCAAAAAACAGAAAAUUAAAACCAUUCCAGAUGAAUCAUUUGAUCCAAUCAAUUGA